CACGAUAUUCAAUUUAUAGGUGGAAACCGUCGUUUCUACUUGGUGGACGGAGGGCCUGUCAGUUACGAAGGAGCGGGGGGAACUAUUAAAAGGCGAAUCAAGAAUCUUAUGAAACGGCAGCUCUCUAAGCCUUACUAUCAAUAUCUUCUUUACACAUUGACCCGCUUGGCAUGCGAUCACAACAGCAAAGGCAAAGGUACAUAGAGUAAAUCAGCUGUGAACCAAAAAGACUGCUUGUUUGCCUGGCUGACUGACUGACUUACGGACGGACUGACUAGCCGUUAGCUGAAUGGCCGCUUGAAAGUAACUACCGUCUGACCGACUGACUAAACUACUAAGUGACAAACAGUCUGGCUGACCGAAUAAUGAGUUACUGCCUUUCGAUUAUGCCGAUGGAAGCCAAGGCACAGCAUUCGUUAAUUUAACAGGAUAAGCCACAAACUGGCUUGUCUCGAGGAAUAUCCAACUACCAAGUGUCCUCCGUUUUUAACGUUUGUUUAUCCUUUUGAAAACAAGUUGAUUAUGAAGUAAUAGCGAAAAAUUUCGUACUUUUGUUAAAAACCAAACCAUUCGAGAAAAAAAUUGUCUUGCAGCAAGAUAAAUUCUACAAUGAAACAUAAAUUUACAAGCAAAAACAACUGCAGCAAGGUCCCCCCAAAAAGACUUAAGCUGUGCGUUUAUGGAGAUACGGAUGCUUUUAGGAAAUUUGGAGAGCACUCAAGAAGCCAAACUCUUACGUUUCUCUCGUGCUCUCCAAAGUUCGCACGUGCAUCCAUAACUUUACUCAAUACACGCACGCUGAGUAUAAACCAGUUAUGAAUUACUGUUUUGGUGUACGUUUAAUAGUUAAAAUUUAAGUAACAAGUAACUUUGCUUCAUUUUUUUUAAGGUUUAUUUGUUUAUGACUUUCGGCAAUGGCCUUUUCCUUUUCAAUAGACCCGACGCUAGCACUUUUGUAUAGCUAAGUGUCUUCACUUACGCGAUACAAUACAUACGAUUUUUCCGAGAUCUUGGGCAAAACCGCCGCAUAAGAAUUCAAAAGGUCCACUGGUUGACGUGCGUCGUUCAAAAACGUCUAUGCUUAAGCUCCCCAGUUUCUUUGUGCAACAAUGCGAAUAAACUUCAGUAAUGGCCUUUUCAAGGACGAUCUCAUUGAAUUGAUCGUCUACCGCUUCAGUUUUCAUAGCUGUCAAGGAUAUACCCUAUAAAUAUAUUGCUAUACCGCCAGGAGCCCAUAACUCGGAGCGAGCAACCCCAUACUGGCCAUACUAGGCCGAUGUCAUGGCGCUUUUACAGACCAGUAUAUUUUUAGAAACAUUUUAGGGCGAUUUUCCCCGCGGAAAAAAAAAACUCCGCCAUAUCUAUGAGCACCUCUUGAACUAUAAGAUAUCAAGAAGAAAAAAAAAAUGUUAUUAAAAGGCAAACAUAUCAUUUUUUAGGUCUGUAUAAGGUUUUGCUGACUUGUUUGUGGGAGGUAAAAGAUAUUCAAAAUUCGCACCAAAACAAUUCUAAACAUUAACUGGUCUCUGAAAACGCCGUGACACGAGCACAUGGAAGUUGCUCGCUCCGGGUUAUGGGCUCCUGUUACCGCAUAGCUUUGUGAAACAAAUGAUGGAACAGAGAAUUAAUAACUCUGCAGUGAUUAUCAAGUGCUUACAAAUAAUCCGUGGAUCGAAUGAGCUCCAAUGAGCGUUAGCCCCAGCUUAAGAGAUAGGCUUUACUAAAGAAAGUGCCUCCUUCUCAAUUUUCCCUUCAGAUCCUGGUACUUCUCGAUCUCUUCUUAAUUCUCCAACACACCAAUCCUGGUGUCAAAAGGACAAGCCAUUUAUUUAUUUAUUUUAUUUAUUUAUUUUUUUUUUUGCACUAAAACAUCCGGUCUGUUCGCCUCAUUUGAUAGAUCGGCCUGGAUUUUGAAGCCGCACAGCAUCUUGAUCUCCGAUUAAUUAUAGGACUGAUUACAGGAUGUUUGGUAACACAAUUUAUUGUUCCUUUCUAGGCGAAGGUGUUCAUAAUGCCCGCCUGAGUGUAUUACUAUGGCUGUUUUGUCAUGCCUCCAGUUUGUGUAAUGCUUUUGAGCAGGCAUCUUGCGCGCCGCCAGCACGUGUGUCACUGCCUCCUAAAUUUCGCCACACAUUCUGCAAGCUGGCGCUAUAUAUUGCUAAUUAUAAUUAUUAAAAACUGAAUCAUUGGAUAAUGCAAUUCUAGCAUUUUGAUUGGCUUAGCCGUUAUGGUAUAUGAGCUAUUAUACCAUGCUCUCCAUAUAUGGUCGGUGUACGCGUCAGUUUAAAUUGGAAGCUAGCUGAGAUUUUUUUCGCGAUGGAUAGAACGGCGCAAGAAGCAAAUCGUUUUAAUUCAUUUCUUAGAAUACUAGAAAUGCAAUUUCGUCGAAAGAAAAAAGACAAAAACAAGCAAAAAAGCCACAAGAAAGUUUGUCGAAAAACACAUGAAAACACAUGGAACUAAAGUAACUUGAACAGUUACGAAAGAAGACAAGUGAUCGCGAAGCCAUUCGGCGAUCGAGUCGCUCCCCGAUAGAUAACUGCGGCUUGUUUAUCCGACAUCAAGAAUAUAAAUCACAAGUAACCAGCUACAAAUACAGGCUAUGCAGCCAUUCAAUAGAGAAAUCGAGGCGGCAGUAUAGUUUCUUUUCUCGUUCAGCAAAACAGCUCGUGGCUUCCAACAACUUCAUAACAAGCGACCGAGGUAAUAGUUUUUCUCCGUUGUUCUUACUUUUAUAACUGCACCGAAAAUCCAAAUUCACAGUAAUUUCGACGGCUGUCACUUAAAAAUUCUUUUCCUUCACGUUAUCUGCCAGGUUCUUUUAGCUGUUCUGCUGUGUAAAAUCCUAGAACCCCGAUGAGUUUUUCAAAAACUAAUGUUCAUCGCUACAAUGUUUUGAUUUUUCAUUCAUGCAGUCCAGUCGAGUCCGUUCGCGCGUUGACAGUUUUGAUAGACGUGUGACAUGUGAAUAGCGGAAGUCCCUUGUCUUUUCCGGUUUGUUCUAGUCGGGGAGAUUCAACGAGAUUUUGUGGGCGUUUUCAAUAAAACAAUUAUUCCACUCGCGCUUGUUGGAAAUGAGAUGAUUAUAGCCAACUCGGCGCUAGGCGCCUCGUUGGCUCUAUCAUCUCAUAUCCAACGCGCCCUCAUGGAAUAAUUGUUAAUUAUCAUUUUCAUUACUAUCAUUAUCAUUAUUGUCAUUAUCAUUAUCAUUAUCAUUAUCAUUAUCAUUAUCAGUAUCAUUGUCAAUGUCAUUGUCAUUGUCAUUGUCAUUGUCAUUUUCAGUAUCAUUAUUAUCGUUAUGAUAUAGAGAUGUAUCUAAACGAUACUUGUAUAUCUGCUCUGAUGGUUGGAAUUCACUCAAGUCACUAAUCUUACGAUCUCGACCUUGCCCAUAUUUUAAAUGUUCCUCUUACGCCAGUAAUCAACCUUCACGGCGAGAUAGGUUGGAUAUGACUUUAAUGUUUGCUCUAAGCUUAUCAUGACCGACAAGGUCAGCCUCAAUGAGGCUUCACUUAUCAAACUGAUAACAGUGUCUCUGUUUCUUCUGACCACUGUGAGAACACUUAUUGGUCUUAAUUACCGUCCUUGUACGUUACCUUACCGAAGAAGGUUUAAGCAAGGACUACCUCCAUUUCAUGCGGAACACUUUAAAGCAGUUGAAAGGGCUCUUUGAAUUUUCUGGACGUCGUAGCCUCGUGAAUGGCUUAGGUCUCAUUUCUUUACUGGCAUUUUUGUUUCCCCUUAGUGUUUCGUUCACUUAAUUUAUCAGAUACAAAACAACAUUACCUAUUUGGGAUGCUUCCAAUACAUGUAAUUUUCAUAUCUACUCAAACUCAACCCUUCCUCUUGGUUAAAAUCAACUCCUGUAUGGUGUGUAUUGUCAUGGCACUGUAAUGUUAUUGUGUUCCCAUAAAAACCUGGCGGUAACUCAUCAGUGCUUCCCAAGAAAGCCCUGACACCUUGGCCUACGUCGUACUUCAUUUCAUUUUUGGUUCAGGGGCAAAAUGUGUAGUUAAUAUCCUCCAUGCUGUCACCGAAGGGAAAGUGCUGAGUGUCCGAGAUAUUUUCCUGUGGACGUGUCCCUUUGAUAGAGACAAAUAACAAAUAAGGUCUGCUCUCCUUUGGACCAGUAGAAAGAAAGGUUCCCGUAUUACAGAGCUGUUGUUGAGUAGAGGUUUGACUCUAUUCGGAAAUUGCACUCGGAAAUUGCUCUUCUUGUUUCAGACAAUACAUUCUACUUUCCAGUGCCUUUCUCCAACUAGACGCGUAGAUGCGAUAUAACACUACUAUCGAAUAUCGGUAAAGAGACGAGUAGCAGGCAACUGCAGCGGGAUUUACGUGGUAAUGCUCCUUUUAGCCUCUCCCUACAACACAAUUCCGAACAAAUUCUGUCAUCUAUGCUUCUGUAGCUUUGUGAAGUGACGUUUUUAAACUUACUAUCAUUCUUCAAGCUUGCGCUUUUACCUUUCUUUGUACAGAAACUAAUACGAAACUUGUGGUGUACACAAACGAGCUGUUUAACUUGAUUUCAUUUCUAAACAAUGCUUCUUCUUGCAUGUAUGUUUGCCAGAGAUCAAACUUGAUGGAGCGGUAGUCUCCCAUCCCCACGCUGAUCAUUUAGACGGUGUGGAAAGACUCUUCAGGGAGCUCCUUCCUAAGAAUUACCAACUCAAGGUUGCAGAUGAGACCCCAGAGAAAAGAUUGAUCUGCAAUGGACCAGUGUUGCUUACAAGAAAAUUUGCUCUUCAAACGGAAGCCUAUUGUAGCUUUUCCAACUUUCUGCUAGACGCUAAAUUUGAAGUUACUCUAAAUGAAGAUGAUAUACAGAAUGCCUUUGGUGGUAAUGGCAUGUUUUUCACGUUUCCUACAUCGCCUGGUGUGUUGUACAGUCGAUACGAACAUUCAAAAGAGGAGAGACCUUCCAUAAAAGAACAAAAGGCUAAGUUAGCCAAGGGAAAACAACAUGAAGACAGGGAUCUGAACAAAUCAAGCAUCAUUCUUUACGUAGAGAAGGGAGGUAAGAUUUGCUUGACUGGGGAUGCUCAUGGGCAUGACAUAACCUCAACGCUAAGAAAGCAAAAUGUACAGGACCUACAUAUUUUCAAGAUACCCCAUCACGGAAGUCGCAAAAACAGUAUCUUGGGCACAGUGUUACCUCCAAAGUGGGCAAUCCAUAAUUUGGCAGCCAUGCUCCUUCUUAGUACAACUCUACGACGGAAAGUCGCACUGGGCAAUGAUUAUGAAGAGGAAGACGACAUAAAACACCUUAGUGAGACCGUAAAGGACAUAGCUGGAUGUGGGAAUGGGGAAAUGGUACAGAGGGUGGCUGAUACAUUUCGAGCGGAACUGAUUCAAAAGAAAAGGAUCCAGAAUAAAUCAGAGAGUGUUAACGCGUUUCUAACAAAAGUUGAGAAGAAGCAUAUGGAAAUUGUCAGAGCAAUUCAAGAGAAUACUAGGGAUCCUUGGAAGGGUGUGAAACCACUGGAAGAACUGAAACCCUGGAAAGAUCUCACGAAAUCAGUCGUUAUGAAGUAUUUGCAAUGCUUUGAGCGAGGUACUGAAAGUCCCGUAAAAAGGGACAAGGUUGAUGUUGCUGCAUCAAGCAUCGAGCAUACCAUCAAGCAGUUGCUAGGCAAAGCCAAAGUUUUCAAAAGUUACUUCUAUAAAUUUGGGAUUGGCAAGUUCUUUGAUUCGUUUCAUGCCAAGACAUACUACUUUUCAGCCGAAGGUCGAUAUCAGCAUCCAUCUCCUCUUGUUGUUAAAGGAAUCAUAAAAGCCGCCGUUAAGAAGAAGAAGUCUUGUAGGAUUGUGUUCACUUCUGGGGGAUGUGUCCCUUCAACUCAUUUACCUGACGUCAAUUCCGCAUCGUUCCAAGGAUGGAAGGAACUUGUCUCUCUUUACUACCUAGAAGGCGAUUUUUCAUUUAAAUUGGACCCAGGAGAGGACGUCAACAUUGCUCCAAGCGGAACAAAGAAAUUGCAACACGAUGACGGUAAACCAUCCGAAGUGGCUGAACAACUGAGAAGUAACCCUGGGUUUACAAUCCCCCACAGGUCCUUUCUGCCGGAAGUUGACACAUAUUGUGUGACAGCAAUAGUAUCUGAAAAGACGUACUGGCUAGACGUUAAAGACGACGGAAAUCUCUUUGUCGCCUCCACCAAACGCAUUCUCACUGUUUCUAACGCACACUGCAUCAAUGGUGAUUUGAGAAAGAUCUCUCUCAAGAGUGAAAGUGGCUGUGAGACGGUUGUGACUCUUGAACAGGUACAAAACUCUGACUGCUAUCUGAUUAAGGUUUCUCCCAGCCAAGGAUACCUUUUCAUUGAGGAGUUAUCUCCUAACAUAAAGGUUCAAAACAACAAGAGCACUAAGUUUGCUUUCACACACACGACGCUUGCUCCUUCAAGCAAAAGCGGAAACCAGAUAACAAUUUUGGAAUUCCUCAAGUCACUUGGGUACAACGCCGAUGGAAAACCAAUAUACGUUGGAAGCGUUCUGGAAAUUCUUCUCGGGGCAGUAAACAUGAAAAAUCUAACUGAUCAAUUACCAAACGAUGUCAUUGCAAAGGUCACCUUUGAUCAGGAAGUAUAUUUGGAAGGGUCUUCUGUUGAGAUUUCUUCAUUGGGAGAUGCCGAGGUUGUCUCAAGCCACAUACAUGUGUCCUUGCCAACGCCUUCAAUAAAGUUUGACUCGCAUGACGUAACCAGACUUAAGUUUGUUGUCGAAGGCCCAAGUUCUGAGACGCCAAGCCUUUCACUUGUAUUAUCCACUUUUCACCGGGAUAUAGAAUACACUGUCAACCUAAGCAAGUUGUUGACGAAAAGGCAAGCGUCUGUUGACAUGUAUUUAAAUGCACUUAGAAUGUCUACAAAGUACCGAGACAAUUUAACUCUAGGAACAUUACUUGAUCGUGUAAUGGGCCGCCUUCCACUUGAAGCAUUGUCAAAAUGCUUUCCAUCAAGGCUUUUUGAAGAUGAGAUACUUUCCUGGAAAAUUGAUCGCGCAAUCUCCACAGUGAAGUACUUUAGAUCUCCACUUGCUGUCGAAGUUCUUUCUGGUGACUUUUAUAUCAUCAUACCACAUGGGAUGAACCAAAUGAAGUUUGGGAACUCGCUAAGCGUAGAAAUGUCUCGAAUUCACGUUGUGGUCAGCGACCCACGUACAUACAAGAGCAGUUUUGAGAUUUACUGCGAUGCAAAUAUCCAGAAAAUUCCAGUCAACGUAAAAAUGACGUCCACCUCGGGAAACCUACCAGAAGUGGUAAUCUCGUUUCCUGAAACCGUCACUCCGUUCGAAGUAUUCAAAUUACUUGAUCAUACAGGCACCUUAUUAGAGCUUCGGGUGCCAUUUAAAAAUGAGAUGCUGAAAAAUUUGUCAUUGACAAAGCCAAGAAUAUCGGUUGCCCAGGAUGUUCGAGGUUCCAAAGAAAGCCGCGUCUGCGCAGUGAGCUUUGACUUUUCGUUUGAUUCGUUUUCUUCCUUCAUUCCGAAAAGCCUUCCUCAGCCUGAAGAUACCAAAGGAUCAUUGACCAUUCUUAAUCCCUUCAGCACAAAGCCUGGUGUGUUACUUGAAGCUCACUUUAAAUUGCCUAUUUCUUCAUCUGAAGAGGAAAAAUCUUACUUAAACUCGAAGCUCUCAUUUUGGCCAAUUCAAGUUCCAGAUAUUCCAGACUCGGACUCGAAGGAUGGGUAUGCCUGCAGCAUAUCACUGUCUCCUAGUUCUCCUGGUACUACAUUGAGAUCAGCCCUUAGCUCAGUUAUUCCAGGCGACAUGACAGACCUAAUGUCGGUAUCUCUGCCUUUCAUUUCUUCAAAACUGGAUCAAGUGGAAUUGGAUAAAAUUUAUCUUGAAGCAAAUCCCCAAAGCAGAAAUAUCAUUUCUGUGAUGGUCUCGUUCAUGGUUCCAGAACUGACAGUUGUCAAGGAAAGGUUGGCCAUUUACGACGCAAAUUUCGUCGUGGAGUACGCCAACGAGCAAUGGUAUGCACAUGCUGAAGCAAAGGUGUGCGUCUUUAACAAGUUCGUGUGCCAUGCCGCAUUUUCUUUGCCAAAGGCCGACGCACCGGGCACCUUGGCGUUUGAAAACGCAAACGAUCUAACCUUUGAAGAGUUUGUCAAGGGCAUGGGAGUUGUCGAUUCAGGAGAUAUUCCUGUUGUGAAAGAAUUGCUUGAUUUGAAGAUUUCUCAAAUUUCUUUGAGCUUUGAAAACGCGGGUGCGUCUCUCAGAUUAACAGAUUUCUUGGUCGUUGUGGAAAAGAGGCAGUUUAACGUUGGACGUCUUCAGCUCUUCAACAUUAAAAUUGGAGUAACGUACACCAGUAUUCAAGAUCGAUCAAGGAUGUCGUUUUCAGUUGAAGGGUCUCUAAAUGCGAAGACUCACGCUUCCUUAGCUUACAAUGCAGAGAAAAGAGAGCUUUGUGGAAAUUAUCAAUUAACAGAAAACAUGUCCACGAGUGAAUCUCUUAAUGAAUUAUUUAAGGCAGAUACUCAAGUACACCCUGAAGGAAAUGCAUUUGAUCAGGUGAAGAACUUGCAAGUUCAAGAUGUGGUGGUGAUUCUCAGUUUCCCAUGCGACGAGGAGUGUAGCUUGAAGACGUUUUCCUUAGGCAUUCAAGGUUCUCUGUCACUUGGACCCUUCAAUCUUCACAAGCUUCGCUUCAAAUACGUCAAAGAACAAGCAGAGGAUACUAAACACCACUACACAAUCACCGGCAAGUUCAAAAGCCAUGAACCAUCAUUAAGUCUUAUUAUGGAACUUAACUGCUCAACCCAGGAAUCGGAGAAGAGCAUACUUGAGGCUAAGAUUAGGCCAGACAUUCCAGGAGGAUUAACACUUUCGUCUUUGUUAAAACUUUGUGGUUUAAACGCCCCUGACGUUCCAGUGGUCAAUGGGUCGCCUAAUUUUCUGGACAUAGAGCUAAUGGUAGGUAACACUGUUUUAAUCGCUUUAUAGUAGGCUUAUUUUGAUCUAAAGAAAAGCACAUAAAAAUAGGUGUCAAAGUUUGAUUAGGUCUGGAGAAUUAAAUGGUAUCUUUCUAUAUUGUCUUUGAAUUUUAGAAAAACGUUUUCGUUUCUAUUCGAUUUUAAUUUAAGUUAAUAGUUUCAUUUAAAUACUCUUCUGUUUGCACCAAAAAUGAAUUUUUUGUGAUUUUCAAUAACAAUGAUACCGAGGACAUUUGUUCUACUCUUUGGAAAGAACGGGUAGCAAUAAAAAUAAAAUUGCAUGUUAUUCUUGAGAACCUGCAUUUAGCCAUAACUACUUAUUAUUCUUCAGGAAGCUCUUCUUCAAUUUGAGGUUCCAUUUCAAGUUCUCAAGUUGGAUGUUGUGAUACAAACAAAAGAAACUCUGACCAUCCUUCAGACACCUAUCAUUAAACUUCAUAACGCAAGAUUUGAAUAUCAUUCGGACAGCAAAAGUCACCCCUCACGAACAGAAGUCUUCAUCGAGGGAGAUUUUACCAUUGCACAGAUCCACUUGAGGGUGAGAUUAAUGAAGGACACGAAGAAUUGCUUGAUUUUGGAAGGACGUUUAAACCAGACAGAUAACGAGAUCCUGGACUUCGAAACGGCAGCUCAACAACUUUCUCCAGGACUUGACGUUAAACUCCCAGAGGGUGCUACUGCGUCUUUGAGCUCGUUUUCCUUCCUGGUGAAAAAGAGUGAAGAAUACACAGAGCUGGCAUUGGAAGGUGAGUCGAAUGGGACUUGGUCCAAAGACGCUGGCUUUAGUACUAUCAAUGUUGAAGCUCUAGGUGGAAAGCUGCAUUUCAGAAAAGAGCGAGAAUCUGAUCACUGGUCUAGUUCCGUUUGUCUUACUGGAAGGGUUCGUUUGCUGCAAUCAGUUGUUAUCGGUGUGGAGAUUUACUAUGACAAGGAGUCUGGAGUCCUCGCUGUUGGGACUGUGCAAAAGCCAGAGCAAGUAAAUCUUGAAGCUAUUACUCGUCAAUUGUCAGCUACCUCCGAGUCUUCCACAUCUUGGAAUGAAAUUGUACCAGAAGGGAUCGAGUCUUCUUUGCGUUCACCUAAUUUCAAGACCGCAUCGAUUUAUAUUGAUUUUGCCAAGAAGACGCUACUUCUUUAUGGAAAUGUAUCUGGAUUAGGGACAGGAUUGUUGAUUGUCAAGAGGUCAAACAGAGACAAAGAAGAGUCUUCUGAGUAUGGUUUCUUGUUCGGGUUAACGCUAGAAAGUGGCUUCAGGUUUUCCUUCAUUAACAGAAGGCUAAGCGUUGUGGAUGAUGUCCUGUCAGUACAACAAGCAAAUCUGUCGGUAAUUUCAUUGCACAAGGAGACCAUUGAUGAAUUGCGCAAAGAUUUUGCGAAGCUACAGGAUGUAAAAAAGUCUUCUUUAUCCAAACAUCUAGAUGUUAAUGUCCCUUUUGCUGACCUUGACAUCACAAGCAUCUCCAAAUUAGAUGUCAAUCUACGGGGAGUAAGAGCAUUUGCGAAGAUCCACUUUUCCAGCAGUAACUCCAAGCUAGUUCAAAACGUAACCCGAAUUCAAAAAGAAGGCGAACGUUCGGAUGUUGUUUUAUUUGGCAAGUUACCAGAGAACCCUGAAGAGACCGAAUUUAACGCUAGCAUUCAAGAGAUAAAGCUCUUUGGCGGUACUUUGACUUUCAGAGAAGUUACUCUGGUAUACAGGCCUUUCCCAACCGACAAGAUGAACUUCAACUUGAGUGGCAAGAUGUAUUUGCUGUUGGAAGAAAAUUCAAAUCCGCUGGUUUUCAUUGGCAAUCUUAAGGUCUCAGAAUUAAAGGUAGAGUUUAACAUGACAGUUGAAGGUGGCCCUGAGAAAAUAACAGAGCCGUUUGGAAUGUCUGGAAUUUCUUUCGAACAUCCAGAGCUUAAGCUUAUGUGGAAAUUUGACGAAGACCAUCACAAGCCUGUUAUCCCUUCAUACAUGAUAAGUGGCGAGGUCAUUUUCUUUAAAUCAAACGGGACUGGUGAGGAUCCUGCUGCAACUCUACGAGGAUUAAUCUUAUUCCAACAGGGAAAACCAGUCGUGGCAAGAAUCUCUUUCGAUCUGGAGAAGCCUCUUAGUAUCGACGACGUGUUUUUUACAUUGAUGGGGCACAAAUGGCCAAAGGGAUAUCUGGAUGUCAAGUUCAGAGGGGGCCUUGUUUAUUACUCGAAAUCGACUCUUGAAAUAGAAGACCGAGAGGGAAAUGCGGUGAUGUACAAGGAAGGAUUUCAUGGUGAGACACACAUACAGAUCUUUGGCUAUCCUUUUGGCGUUGAAAUUUCAGUCAAUUCGAAUCCCAAAGGAAUGAUUAUUAAAGGUUACACAGAUUCUGAGAUCGAUUUGCGGUUUGUCACACUGGGUGGCGCGGCUGGACGCGAAGACGAAGAAAGGGGCCCCGAAGUCGUGAUCUCGCGCUUCGAUGGGCAUAUGACGUUCAAUAUUUCUGCUGGAGUUAAACUUCUUCAAGAGAAUAUAGGAACCUGGUCAGUUGGGUACAACACCAAGGAAAGCUGUUUCUUAGGGAGUCUGACUUACGAUGGAGAGUUACUUGGACGUGAAAAUCCUUCCAUUGAAUUUGAAUGGAGCAAAGAGGGAGGAUUCAAGAUUCGUCAGCUGCAAGCCCUACUUGAUCUAGAGGCACUGAUUGAUUUUGCCAGCGCAUUUGAGAAGCUAAGCGAGAUUAUAAGUAGCCCGUGUGAAAAGAUUGUUGGUUUGGUCUUCGACCAAGUUAUCAAGACGAAGUGCAGCUUGGAUAUAAAGCAGGUUCCUGUGAAGGAGUCCCAGAAACCAAAUGCUUGGUUUGCACUUGGAUUGCAAGGCAAACUGGACAUCAUUAUCGGCUUCACUGACGAACCUACUUUGACUGUCAAUUUCCCUUGGAUGGUCUUAGCACCUGAAAAACCACCCAGUCAGUUUCGGCUGUCCGAUUUAAAGGGUUUCCUCAUUGCAAAUAUUGUAGAAAACUCUCUAGAUGUGGUGAAACAAGUCUUCUCUGAUCCUGAGCAGCUGACAAAAUUCUUUGCAGCAUUUGGUACGAUCAAACUAUCCAAGUGGGUUCUGUCAAGUCUUAUCUGCCGUGGUGUUACUAGUCCCAACGUUACAGAGGCAGCUGAAGCAGCGUUGGAGGCCAUGGAGACUUUAGCUGCUACAGAGGAGGCAGCUUUGGCCAGUGAAUUCGCUGAAUUGUAAGUUAAUAACCUUGUCAUGUUUCUUUGCCUCAACUAAUAGUACAGCACUCUUGCAGGAAAUAAUUACAGAAAACGCCUUCACUGAUAAAUUGAAAAGUUGAAAGCAUUCAAUACUUGACCAUAGGCCGUGUAAAUACGAUGUCUUCUCUCGUGGAUGCACAAAGACGCGCUGUCUAGGAGACCUUCUACUAUAGCUACUGAAGGUUUUUCAUGAUCUAUUUUAAAAUAAAAGAAAAAAUAUAUAUAUAAUUAUACGUGUAGGUAUUUUGAACGAGUUUUGGGGCGUUUUAUUGAUUGAUCUGUGUCAGUUCUUUGUCAGAUUAAACUAUGUAAUUUCUUCUCUAUGUGACUGGCUUGACUUUCAGGAUCUGAAUGAAUAUAGUGAAAAACGAGAAUGUAGGAUUUUUUGCUAUAUUUUUUGUUUAAUUUUUAUCAUUAUUAUUACAAUUAAUAGUAUUGUUAUUAUUAUAAUUGUUGUUGUUGUUGUUGUUAUACAGGCUGGCUGCAGUCGGAGCAGCAGUAAGUAUUGCUGAACUUGCUGCUUACGCAGUCCAAGUUAUUUUCACAGUCGCAGCUGUAAUUACACUAUUGAAGGACAUCAUGCGGUUUCUAAAGGGCAUCGUCAACUUUUUCACUGGGAAGACUGAGCAGCAGAAAAAAGCCGAGAAUAGAUUAGGAGAAGCCAAGAAGAAGGGAAAGGAGGCAAUAAAAGCUGUAGAGGAUCGCUUGAUAAUAGAAGGUCUCAUGAUCACUUUGCCUGAGUCAGAUCAGAUCCAAGUUACCUGGAAACCAUUGGAAAAAGGCGUCAAGUACAAAGUGCAAAUUGUAUGCAUUGAACUAGGUGGCGCAAAGAAAACCCUACAAGACGUAACAACAACAAAAAGUAAUGUUAAUGUUCAAAAUGAAGCAAUAAAAUACAACGCCAAAACAUUCAAGGCGUCUGUUGAGGCAUUCUACCAACAAGGUGAUAACAUGUUCAGAGGAAAGGAACAAUCGUUAGCAGUGGAUGCUGUAACUCGCCUUUAUGCGCCAUCGAAAGUAGAAAUUGAGUCUAAGCAAGAGGGAAGAGAGUUGCACGUGUUGUUCUCCCAAGUUAAAUAUGCUGAGGGAUACAAAGUUGAAGUCCUUUCUCACGACGGCAGCGUGAUUGGUGGUGCUGUCCUCAAGCCCUCUGCUGAGGAAAAUGAUGAGAAGCUCGUAUUUCAGGCCCAAGAGUUUGUUUUUGGACCUCCGGGCUUAAUCAAAGUUAGGGUUUGUGCCCAACUAUAUCAAAGAGGGACAAGCGAUAAUGAAUUCAGGUGCUCCGGCGAUCUGUACCGCGUGGCAGCCCCGUCGAAUACCCGCCUCUCUUACAAGUCAGGGUCACAAGUUGUAAAUGUACAAUGGAGUGUGACUAAUGCCCAAGACAUUUCCAGCUUCCUCUGCGAGGUAGUUUCACUGGAAGAGAAAGCUAUCUAUCGACGGGUAUUAGCCCUAAAAGAUGGAGACCUUAGUUUCAACAUUCAAAUUCCACUGGUUGAUAUAACAACAAGAUCAGAUCCCUCGUAUCAGCUUCGUGUAUGUUCCACAGGCAGCCCAACAGCACUAGCCAGUUCCUUUUUCGCCAGUGAAGAGCACUUGUCCUUCCUGAAGGAAGUGAAAAUCAUAUCAUCAUCGUACGAUCCUCAGGCAAACCGACUGACAGUUUCCUGGCUGCUGGUUCCUGGAGCAGUGACCUAUGUAGCUAGUAUUCACGCAAAGUCUAGUUUGUCAAGUUCUGCUUCAACCAAAGUGGUAGAAAGCCGCAAUGACAGGGUGGAGUUUGAAAUGGGGGACGUUGAACUUAUUACUGGCUUGCCGUAUGUUGUGUCAGUGAUGGCUGAUGGAAAAGAUUUGCAGCACCUUCCAAGUUUACCGUCAAUUACAAGCAAAGGGUUUACUCAGUUGCCACGUCCAGUGUCUGUCGUCCAUGAUUACGCUUUUGAAGAGAGAAAGAUUAAAGUCACUUUUACACCUGUUCCUAAUGCAACUGCCUCUAAAAUUGAAGUUGUGAAUGUUAGUUUUCCAUCCCAAGUGGCAGGCGUGCUGGUUACACCAAACACAGCAACAAAAGUGGAUUGUUCAUUUGACGUCGAAAGCAUGAGUUUCGUUAGUGGUGCUUCCUACAAGUCAUGGGUCACCGCCUUAGGAAAUGAAACACUGAUAAACAGCAUCCCCUGUGUCACGGAUACAGUGCUUACUUGCAGUGACAACGCAGAAACUGUGGCAUUGAAAUACAGCGAGGCAUGGAAGCAAAUGGUUGUCUCCUUUGAUUCAGGGGAGGGAAACUUUUUGUUAAGGGUAGAGGACGUCUCAAAGAAAAAAAGGCCAAUCAGCACCCAAAUCAUAGCUGUCAAGCAAUCAGAGCAACCAGUUCACCAAUCGGUAGUGGAGAUCCCUCUGAAUAUCACUAAAGAGCCACCGGGUGCAAGGUAUCAAGCUUCUGUAAUGAACGCCGGCGAUCACGAGUACUUGCCUAGUGGGACUGCUCAGUCCAAUGAGGUUCUUUUAUUGAGUCCACCUGACUCCGUGGAACAGCAAUACAAAGAAGAAGUCUUUACUGUAUUGUGGAAGAGUGUUGAUUCAGCACCCGGUUAUAAAAUUAGAGUGUACAAUUCUAAAACCGCAAGCACGGCUAUAGAAGAGAACAUUAGUGAUCUAUCACUUGCUGGCAAACAAUUGAGGAAAGAUUUUUCUCUUGGCUCUUUGUUCCUGGAAUCUGACGGCGCUUAUGAAACGGUUGUGCAAGUCUUGGGAGAUGAAUUGAACAUAGGUGGAGCCAGCGCCAAAUCUAACACAUCAAUACCGUCUUUAUCCCCUCCUGAAUGCGUCGAAAUUUCUUUCGACAAUGAUACCCAUCGCAUGCAUGUGAGUUGCUGUUUUCUGAAAGACGCAACAUCCUUUAACCUAGGAGUAGUCGAUGCCAAAAAAUUAAGUAGUCAAGGCGCGACCAUUCAAAACGCUUUACUAGGAUUGAAGACUUUCAUCGUUAACAGGGAUUGCUUGGAUGAACGAGUUGAAGUGGAUUUUGGUGACAGUGUACUGAUUUGUUCACUUGACGGUGAACACAAAGGAGUAGCACAAGUAUCUAGAAAGCAAGACGAUUGCAUGAUACUCCCAAGUGGGUAUUCCAUUUCUGAAGGAGCUGUUUCUUGGUUGAGACCUGCUGUUCCUAUUCACCUGUAUUUCAAUCCGGUAGAUUCAGUUCUGAAGAUUACGUGGACGUCUGUUAGGCUUGCAGUUAAUUACGUGGUUGAAGUUUUGCAAACAAGAGAUGAUGAUGACGGAGCAACUACGACCUUAAUUCCGAUUUCAAAAGAGGUUGAUGGCCUCUCAUAUGAUGCAGACACAGAAGAUUUAAAGAUCGAGGAAACUGACAAGUUAUUGGCGAGAAUUCAACCAAUCGCAGCCCAAGGAAGUGUAAUUAAAGAUCACGCCAUUGCCUACUCAAGCGAAGUCCUCGUUUGCCAAGGCUCCCCAUCUCAGAUUGAGGUUCUACAAGUCAACGAUGAGGCGGUGAAACUGAGAUGGAAGGGAGAUGAAGCCGAUGAGUUUCACAUUAGAGUUUGGAUGGUUUUAAAGACUAGGGAACCACUCGAAGUCAUCACUAAGGUAAUAUAUUUAAUUUGCACAUAACUAAAACCAAUGUUGAAUACAUUAGUCGUCGAAAGAUCCUUCAAACCGUUUUGAGAGAUUUUUCUUUUUCUUGGAUUUGAACUAAGUUACCAAAUAUGAAGCAAAAGAAACCAGAAUUUUAUCUAUUGUAUAGUAAUAACACUAUCGAAGUAGAUUGGUUUGCCAUUCACUGGCGAUUCUGAGAUUUUAUUAGAGGCCAAUAAUUAAAUUAUUGCACUAAACCCUCCUUCCUCCUCCUCCCUGCAAGAGAAAAAAUAUAAUAAUAAUUAUAAUAAUAAUAAUAAUGAUAAUAAAUGAACCCUUGUUGGUAAGUCUGACACAUGGUCGCGAAACAAACAAUUAAGAGAUAAAAAUUAUUUUUGCAGCAUGUAAAGAAACUGGAAUUUGAAGCUUCAGCUGCUGACCUACUCAUGCUUUCGCCUGGCCAGUACAAACUUGGUGUUCGAACACAGGGGUCAAAGGCGAAAUUGCACAGUGUUUUUAAAGAAGCAGAUUUCCAAGCUGUCAUCAUGGACGCACCAGAUGUCAAUACCACAAGGCAAAACACAAGUGUAACGGUGAGCAGAGCCGGCGGCUAUCAGGAACAACACGCAACAACAUCCAACAACAUGCAACAGGGUGUGCAAACGGACGCAACAUUUAACAUCCAACAAUGUUGGGAGUUGUUGGCCAACAAUGUUGCGUCCGUUUGCACGGGGCUUAAAAGCGCAAAUCCUUUAAAAAUACUAUACUAAGGAUUCACUUGAAACAAUAAGCUUUGGUAACCCAGCGUAAUUCUUGACAUAACGGCUCUGUUUAGUUCCUAUAAGAAAUGACUUAUGCCCCGUGCAAACGGACGCAACAUUGUUGGCCAACAACUCCCAACAUUGUUGGAUGUUACAUGUUGCAUCCGUUUGCACACCCUGUUGCAUGUUGUUGGAUGUUGUUGCGUGUUGUUACGCAAAGUUUAAAACUUUUCAGCCAACAACUGCCAACAUUUCUUUUGUUCCAUGAUCGCCGAAGCGUAGUGCAACAAUGUUGGAUCCGUUUGCACAGCUCUUCCAACAUUGUUGGGGCCACGCACGCUCAUUACGCAUGGUUUACAAAGACUUAUGGGUUGUAUCCUUCCCACGAUGCACUGCAAGUCCCAACAUUGUUGCCGCAACAAUGGUGGGAGUUGUUGCGUCCGUUUUCAAGCAGCCUUAGGGCAAUAAAUAACUUAAUUGACUUUCUUUGUUCUUAGUCUCGCAAUUUUCUAAAAAAAAAAACAGUACAGUAGCUCAGCUAUUCAAAAACAUCGCUGUUGAAAACUGAAAUUAUAAAUAUAUAUAUUCAGAUACUUAGCUGGAGUACGUAUCCUGGAAAUGAACUCAGUUACGUAACCGCAAAUGUGUUUGUGUCCAUCGAGAAUACGAUCGCGAUAAAUAAGUCCUCUUCUUUUCCAACAAACUGGGAAAGUAUACAGACCAAAAAAAAUUUACUAGACUUUUUCAAGUCCAAUAAGCGGGCCAAGUGUAAGUUUAUCAGAUAUCACCACAAAAUUAUCCAGGAUGGCGGUUUUGUUUGCGCGCUCGACCAAAACCGCCAUGCUCCGCAGCGCAGGCUAGGGUCAACCAAGAUCCCGACCUAAGAGGAAAGAAAAACAAAGCACAUAUUUUUACGUUGCCUUGAGAAUUCCUCCCUCCGCCCCUCACCAGGGUUGGCACUUAUGGACAGGCACACUGGUCAGAACUAAAUUUUUAGCUUCGAUAAGUUACCAUGUUUUCUUACCCAUUGUGCUGCAUUGUAAGAGCCCACUCUUGCAUUAAGCUAGGACGCAUAAAGAAUAGAUAAUAAUCCUUGUAAGAAAUGGAUUGUGAUAACAGCUGAGUGCCACAACAAUCUAAGCAAUGAUCUUGCAACUUUAUGUAUCCCCGAGUACUCGGGACCACUGGGCAAGAAAAUAUUGCAAUUUACCUUCAUUCAUCAUCAAGCAAUCUCACCUUUACUACCUCAUCUCUUAUGACUAUUUAACUUAAUUAAUUCAAGUGACCGAGAGACCGCCAAAGUUACAUAUAAGUGUAUCUUAUAUGUCAAAGUUUGUAAGCAUGAUUGUUUUGAUAACAGGUGCAAUGGAUACCAGUUCACAACAAUUCAGGUCAGGAUUUUUCAAACUACGUCAUCUCCUAUCUCCAGCGAGACACAGAUUUAGCCUGGCGUCAAAUUGAAGUCGGAUUAUCAAAGACUCAAGAAACAGUAGAUCACCUGCAAGCUGACAGCGAAUAUCUUUUCUGUGUCUCUGUUGCGAGUUCUAAGCUAGGGGCUGGCAUAAGGAGUCCUCCAACUGCUGUUUACACUGGUGCUAUGUCUGGUAAUUCACUUUUUUCAGUUUCCCGUGCAGUGUGGAGUUUAUAUUUGCCGAAAUAAGUGUCGUAUACGUUCUUUGGACAAUUGUCUUCCACACAGUGCAUAGAACGGGAUUUUCCCUGUUUGGAAUAAAAAAGUUACGUAAAGUACAUGAGACAAUGAACAAUACACACAAUAACUAGCAGCAACAGGUUUUCCAACACCAAGAAACAACCCAAGCAUCGAACCACUGAAACACUGCUCCAAUAUCGCCAGUAAGAUUGAAAAUGUAUAUAUAUAUAUAUAAAAAAUAUAUAUAUAUAUAUGUUUAAUAUAUGUUUAAUCAACUUUCUUUGCAGCGAAGUUUUCACGUAACCUGUUGGACAAUCCAAACUUCGCCCCUGCGCAGGAUUGGGAUGAGACUGGCCACACUUUUAAUAUCAUCACAGAUCCUUGGAAGUUGAUACAACCAAAAGACAGGCAAUACAGGCUUCAAAAAAGAUCUCUUGGUAAGAAAAAUAACUGCUUAUUAGGACCUUAAUAUACAAAGUGCUUUUUAGCCAAUGGGUACUCCCACGAUUCCCGGUGUUGAUUGGGAGGACCCAUUAUUUAACUUGGUCCAAGCCGUCAACUUGAAUGGUUUCUCUUUUGGCGAUUCAUUAUUAGGCCGCACUAUAUAAGUAUUUCGGCGUUUCGCCCUCUCCUUAUCUGUACGUAUCGAAUUUAAAUAACAAUAAUAACAAUAAUAAUCAUAAUAAUCAUUAUAAUAAUUAUAAUAAUUAUGGGACUCUUGUACUGCUCACUUACUGAGAAGGUCACUUUCCAGCAGCAAUUAACAGACUUAUGACUGCCCUAAGUUCAUGGGAUGCGCUAGGCUCUGAGUCGAAAGAGCAUGGCUUCAAAGCGAAUAAUAAUAAUAAGUAAUAAUUGAUGUAGCUGAACCAAGGGAUGCUAGGGUGGAACUGAAGGAAAAAGGGAAAAUUGACCUAGCAAUAUAAUUGAGAAAACUGUGGAGAGUCAAAAACAAGAGUUGUUCCUUUUGGGGGCACUUGAGACAAUCGCAAAAGGAUAAGUUGGCCAUCUUGAAAGCAUAGGGGUGAAUCUUGAUUUGGUUCAAAUACAGCAAGAAUCCUCCGACGGGUUCUCGAGUACUAAGAAGGUUGUAGGAUGUGGCUUGUACCGGGAACUGGUUAUCAGUUGAACUCUGAUAAUAUGUACAUAAUGAUUUUAAAAAUAUUUAAUAAUAAUUAUAAAAAUAAUAAUAACUUUGAUACGUCUCUUAAAAGUACAUGUAUGAUUAAAACUUAAUUAGUUGCUAAUCGAUCACGUUUGAUGAUGUAUGUUGAGGCAUAGGAAACGUCAUGUGUUCAAGUAUCUUGUUUUUUUAAAAAGGAAAAUGUUUUCGUCAUUCCUAAUAUUUGUUACUAUAGAUCGUUUUGACCGUAAGGGACAUUUGAUUUACUACCUGCAUGGACACUUAUUAAUUGUUUCAGGUUUGUUCCCCCCUGUCAUUGAAGGCGGUAUGACAAGCUGGUUCAUUCAGGCAUCGAAUUCCCUCUGUUGGAGAGUACAGACGAUCAAUCUCCUGUUCAAUGGUUUUACAGCGGAGUAUCUUGAUGAAGUGAAACCAGAUAUCCUUGUUUCUGAAAGGCAAGUCAGCUACCUUGACUUCACCUUGGAAAUAUAAGGUCUUUCCAUAAGGCGCACCCCUUCAUGACCCAGUAUAACUUAUGAAUUAACUGCCGUCUCAUAUCGCCCUACUUUCCUAAGGAAAUUCUGCUUCGCUGUUGCAAAACGUCCCGGACCAGCGCGCGGCUAUAUUGCCAGGCUAUCACGAAAAGGGAGUUUUGGAUAGAAAAUGCAGCAUGUUAUUAAAAACACUGCCUUCUUAUUUGGACAACAUUGUCAACAUUAACAUUUUCAAUCGCCUUAAAAGGAGCCCUUCCAAGUUUUUUUUCUACUCACUUAAUUAGCUGCUGAUGUUUCAUUUGGAUUGAUGUUUGUCAUGACUAGUACAAAAUUUCGUUAGACUUUGACGACUUUGGCGAGUUUCUCAUUGUAAAUCGGCUCCUGUUUCCGCUUUUUCAAAACAAUUAAAAAAAUGAAAUGUUCUGGAAGCAACUUUGAAGGAGUAGACUGAAAAAAAGAGACUUCAAAAACCAAGUGGCACAAUUGCAAUGAUUUUAAAACACUUUGAUUAACUGAAUUUUUAGGUAUGCCAUUAAAAAGCGCCGCACUGGCACAUUUCAAAUGAAGGUGUCCUUGCUUGAUGCCGAGGAGAGGAAUCUUCCUGGAAGAAACUUUUAUUACACCGGACAGCUCCCUCUUUCGUCGGAGCCACAGUCAAAACCGCCCCUGACGUCUGAAGAAUGGAUGUGGAGUAUUGCAGGGCACAUAUUCUCUGGUUACCCUCCAGGUUUGCGAUUCAUUCGAUUUGAGGACAUAAUACAAAGCGGUAUACCUGGAUUGACAACAAUUAGACCAAUCAGGAGAGGCUCUGGCCAAGCUGCUUCGGUGGAAUUCGAUCCAUACGACGAAUUGGCGCCCACCGAUUGUUACAACAUGAUGGCGUGUGGAGCUUCUGUUAAGAUUGCUCAGAAGUAAGAAUUUGUGUUAAUAGUUAAACUUCGAUUAAAAAAAAUCACUCAACAUUAGCUUUCUUAGUAUUAUUCUAUUUUAAAGAAAGCAACCAGUUUGUUUCAAGUUGGCCUUUUUCAGUAUAAAUUCGCAAAUUCAUCAAAUUCAUCAUGAAAGAGGUUUGCAAACGGAAAGAAACGCAGUUCUCAUGAUUUGCGUUACGUCAAAACACCAACUUUGUCGACGGGUUUGGUCGUUUUCGUUUCUUAUAUUUUUCCAUAUUUUUCUUUCUGAACCAUAUAACGUUCACGUUUUAAACGAGUAAUUGGUAAGCAGCGAAUUCUACCUCAUUUUGGAAAUUCUGACCAAUCCUGAUAGCCUUACACACAAAAAAAAGUGUUACACCUUUUAGUCAGUCAGCCACAAUUCCAAGGAAAAGAAAGGUGAUAAAGCGGGAAACAAAACCAAAUUGGAACAUGAAAGGCAAACGAAGUUGAAAAAGAGAGAGCGAGAAAGAAAGAUCGAAAUACUGGUAGAAUCGCAUAUUUAUCCAAUAAGCCCACAGUGUUGCAGGUCUUGUUUUUAGCCAUUUUCGUGCUAAGUAUUGGCCGAAAACAGGUAGAAAGGAUGAUUUGAAGAUUUUGUUUUGUUUUGUUUUGUUUUUUUUUUCUACUAGCUGGCUAGCAAUAGACCUUUCGUCCUUCUCCCUUUGGCUUCCUUGAUUCAAACCUUCUGAUUGUAUUUCAAAGUACAAAAAACUCAAACAAAUAGACACGCACUCUUAAGGUUGGAAGCCGAAAAAAGGUUCUGACUUUGCUGCCUCCAUUUCUAAAAGCCCGUUCUAUACUAUCGAUAUUUUUUUUUUCAGCGUAAAAGGAUAGAGGCUCGUUUAUAUAAGUUUCAUUAAUUGGCUGUUUGGUCUAUUUUUACCACUAGCGAAGCUUGAAAUCGUCCAUUGUCAGCUCUGCACAAAAUUAUGGAGAAGCUCACUUCAAGCGGUUAACUUGGAGCUCUACGAUGCAAGCCUUUUUAACAAUAAGUACGACUUUAUAAUUAGCAAAUGAUUCAGAGUUGAUAAUAUAGAAAGAUCCAGAGAGGGUAGGAGAUUAUAAUAUCAGGGUUUUAAAAGGACGAUUAUGCUUAUCAUUAGCAUCGUGAAUCAUAAUCAGCGUCGUUAUUAGCAGGGAACCCCUCCGUCUAUUUCUUCCAACUGCUUUUCGUAAGAACGUUAACUUGGGAGAAUUCUCUUGCUACUGCCCUUUAUUCUUCCAUAACAGUAAAAGAGUAGCAUGUAGGCCUAAAAAAAAUCAGUUUCUAAGAACGCAUAAAAGUUAUACGCACAAAAGUUAUUGUUUAGUCUUGGUAGCAACAUGUGUUAGGCUGAUCUAAUGCUUUUCAAGCUCCAAAGGUCGUCAAUAUAUAGUUCUAUUAUACAGCCCUAUGCGAUGGCACUGCAAUCGAAACAUUUUCAAAUUAAAAGAACCGGAAUGAAUCGAAAGAUUUGACUGCACACCGUCUUCUGGAACGGACCCCCGUGUGAAAGGAAUAUGAAUGCCAAAAUUGGAAUUAAAGCCCCAAAUGAAACAAUCUAGGCGUGGCUCAAACAUAGUCAUACCAUUCUAAAAAUAACUCCAAAUCAGUAAGAGCUUAAAAUUCCUUACGACGUGGUUACUGAUUUCCUUAUUCUUUUGUUCUGUUUUAUUGUACUUUCUUUACUGGCUCUUCUCCCUGGACACCCUAGAAGAUUCCGAAAACUGUAUUUUGCAUCCUGAAAAAACUACAGUAUGCCUGCGUGUUUCAUGUGGGUGUUUUUCCCCGGGCAACUAAAGUAGAUUUUACUUUGUGGGUUGGAAAGAGACAAAAUAUUCUAAGUAACAGUAAAACGAUGUAAAAAAUCUUCAUGUUUUCCCAAGUGAUUACAAAAUUAAAGUAAGCAGUUUUAGACGUUCCCUAUGAGAUAACUACGGAGACGAAGGAUAGCUCGACGAACAAAGCGUUCAUUGAAAUUAUUAAGUAGUUUAUAGUAAAACCCCGUCGUAAAGGCUCUAAGCCUGCAAGAUAUAUAUGGCGAGAAAUCUCUCUUAAAUUUGCUUAACGCUCUUUUGAGAAAGAAGAUUAAACUUCAGUUUUUACAAUAUUUUUAAGGUUUGUGUAGCAGUAGAGUCCUAUUGUAGAGGCUCGCUUUUCUAAGCAAGUAUCUAGACAAGCGAUAACAAGAUGACUAGAUAUAUAUAUUUUUUUGAGUAAUGUUUAAGAUAUAUUAUUAUUCAUUCAAAAUAUUUCCCCAUUCUGAUUGGCUAAAAGCACACGUUUGAUUCACCAUAACCAGUUACUGAUGACCAAAUUUGGAAGAAUUUUGUGUUUAACGAGGAAAUGACGUUAAAAAUGCAGCGUUCUUGCAGGUAAGGCACCGUUAACCGAGAAGACACGAGGACGAGGUUGAGUUCUCUUGGUUGUGAAAACAAAAAAUGGCGGACAUUUCACUCGUUUCAAGAGUAAGAACUAGGCGAAAUUAUAGCUAAAAACAUGGCAAGGACAGCAAGAACACAACUCGAAGGGCUACAUCUGCUAUUUGGAGAACACUUGCGGAGCUGAAAAACCCUUAACGUGCACUAUCGACGGUGAACUUAACAUCGAUGGAGGUAAGCAUGUUUUAGCUUUGUUUUUAAACUAGGAAUUAUAUUAUUUUGAAUGAAUAAUAAAACAAUUAUUGAAUUCGGCUUUCGUAUCAUAUGAAGAAUUAUGGGGAUCUCGGAGGGUGUUAUCCGCCUCGGCCUACGGCCUCGACGGAUAACACCCUCCUCGAUCUCCAUAAUUCUUCAUAAGAUACUCAGCCUCAUUCAUUAAUUGUUAAAUUAAUUUACACCAGAUCAUUUCUAACGAGAGAAUGAACUGAGCUUUUUCCGGAAAGCUUAUCUUCUGUAAAUCUUUUGUGCACUAUAUUUUUUUUCUCCCCGUCUAAUCUUUCCUCAUUUUGAUCAUGUGAAAUUAAUAUUUCCUACGCGCAAAUUGACUGGCCCGCCAAGAUUAACUCCAGCUACCUGUGGGCCAGUGCGCAAUCUUGUAAAACUCAAUAAGUGAAAUAAAAUAAUAAUAUUGUUGUUUUUGUUGUUAUAUGAUCUCCUGAUAAUAUAAUAUUGGGGCGUUCUACCCCGUCUGCCAUCGCAAGUUUGGCUUUCCUGCAUGUUUACCGUGACAUUGAGGCCCCGUCUAAAUGAAAAAAAAAAAUUUGUCGCGGGAAAGAGUGUCAGCCUCCCAACGAGUAUAUGAGAAAAAAAAUUAGUCUUUCUGCCCAAGCUGAGAGCUGCCAACAGCGCUCGCGUAUGCUCUGAUUGUCGGUGUGUUCAUAUGGAGAAAUGUUGGCCCAGCUCGUAAAGUGACCUUACCAUCGAAAAAAGAUGACCCAGCUAGGCGCGGUCCCCCUUCUAUCCGAGCCAACUUAUUUUUUUUUUCUCGUGUAAACGGCUCGCCGAGUGUUGUAAAGAAAUUUUUGACAUGUUGGGUCCCCCAGGGUAACUCGGGUAAGCGAGUGACCCUUCUACCGGUACAAGUUUUCUCCAUUUAAAUGGGGCCUAAGUUAAUGGUUCUGAUUUAAAAGGUGUUGUGUCCGACGACUACGCCUCAGCCGAUUUCGGAUCCCCGCCCAAACCUUAACCAGGACAUCACGUAUUUUAACCCCCGGGCGUACAUGCAAAUUCAUACCUCCACCGUGGUACAAGGGGGGGGGGUGGAUGGACCUCCAACUCUCUACAGUUUUUGGUAUGCUGCAGUAUUUUGAAACCAUUUUCCCUUCAGUGGAAGGCCUUUACUUUGAUAUUCUCUACAAGCUAAGGUAUAUUUCGUGGGUGGUUUCGCUGCUGGGGGCCUGUGACGUCACCAAUAAUGGUCGCCAUCUUGGCCGCCAUCUUAGAUUUUAUCAAGAAUUAAAAAUCAGGUAAAAACAGUGAGAAUUAAUAUUUUUGCGCUUAACAUGUAAAAUAACACAUAAAUAAUUACUGUGCAUCAUUUUAUCCACAAGAUUUGCUAUUAUUGUUUAAAAGGGUGAAAAAAAAAACAUGUCUUUUCACUCAAAAAUGGCUUGACUACCUCCUAUUUAAGACGUCAUAUCUCGUAACCAUAGAAACUGACUAUCACUGAACUUAUAUCAAAAUGCGCGCGAGGGAUAAACGAACAGAGAACAGAGAACUUCAGGUGCUGAUGUUUUAUCGUCUUGAAAAAAACAUGGUGUUGUUCUAGUGCUGUCAUUCAUGUUUUGAUUCUCAGUCAUUUGAUUUUCAUCAUGCCAUGUGGCUUUUUUUUUCUUUCCUUAAAAAAUGCCGCGCGAAUGAAAUCACGUGCUUUAGUUCUUGUUUACAUGGAGGUGGGGGACCCCAGAUAGGUGAGGUAACAUUUGGUGGGUCACCCCACCUAUCAUGUAAACGUGAUCAAAAUAAAAUGAAAGAUGAUAUGGACAGGCGGGUUACCCCCACCUAAGCGGUUUACUGCAGCUACAUGGGGUUCUCCACCUCCAUGAAAACAGCUCCUUAGAUGAUGGUGUUUGGAUUGCGUCUGUUAACACGUUUUAUUAUACAUCAGACUCACUAUGAAAAAUCUGAUUGGUCGAGAGCAUUCAAUCAAUUCACAAUAGCUUGAGAACUUGACAUGAUAAAUGCAAUAUCUGCUGCAGAUAUUGCAUUUAUCAUGUCAAGUUCAACGUCUGCCUGGUUACCAAACCCCUUGGAGUGUUCUCCUCAGAGACAGAAUGGCUGAAUGUCUUCUUUUGCCUAUUGUUUAAAAAAUGUGUAAUAAAACAAUUAUUGAAUUCGGUUUUCGCAUGAUAUCAUGAAUUAUCAAAACCUCGUGUCUGUAUUAUCUGCCUCAGCCUUCGGCUUCGGCAGAUAACACAGACCUAAAUUUUGAUAAUUCAUGAUAUCAUGCUCAACCUCAUCCAAUAAUUGUUUAAUAUUAUUCAUCCUUGUCAAAAAGAAAUUACGUAAAAGAGUUGCCUUUUAUUCUACUGACAAUCUCGUAACUUUGCUGAAAAGCCUUUUUGGAAUAUUAAAUUUGGGUGUUACUUUUUUUUGUAACGUUUGUAAUUUGUAGUUUAAGCGCAACCAUGCACGCACUACGCAGUUUGUGAAGACUGCGGAAUUUAGUUUAAGGCAGGGAAAAUAUAAAUUGAGUUAUCUUAGGCCCGUUUCAAACGUCGUGCCACUGCCGUGCCGAACUCAAAUGAUCGAAUUAAAUUCCCCUUUAGCACGGCAGUUGCUAAACCGUAUCUUUAUUUUUGUGUUUUGUUUUCGACAACAGCCGUUCUAUUCGAAUGAAUUAAAUUAGACGUCUGAAACCAAGUCGCGCUAGUGUCGUGCUGCAGUCUAGCUACAGUCGAGCCACUGUUAGCGCGGCAGUAGCACAACGUUUGAAACGGGCCUUAACUGCUUAAGAAACCAAACAUGUACCUUUCAGUAAAGUUUACUAUCAGAUUUCUAGUUCAGAAGGAACGGUUUAUAGUCUUGGUUUUGUAAAAUGUUUGAUGAAUUAAAACCAGCUUUUAAACGUUAAAUUUAGCUUCCAAUAGAUUAUUAAAGGGGACCGACCAGGUGAUGGGGACCAGGUGAUGAAGACAGGGUGAGAAUUUUUUCCAAGCCAACUUGUAGCUCGAAACAAGAGCCUUUUCCUUAAGAAAACUUGCAAGAAUUAUGUCCGGUCAUAGGAUACUGUACGUCCGUAAGGUUAGUUUCGACUGUGGUUAAAUUCUCUGCUAUAGCGGCUACAAAAUAACGUGCACAUACGCAAAAAUUCUCAAAGCUAUAUAUUCAAUUAGCAUAACAAUAACUUGGUGAACCGUACUCUUUUGCACCUUUUCUUGCUUGCACUGAACGCUCAACGUUUACAUAUUUUUAUUUUAUUAUUUUUUUAAACGUAACUUUGGUUCUUAAGACCUGCCGUCAUUUGUUCAGUUUGAAUGUCCCCAGUGAACGCCGGCGGUUAUGUCCUACUCGCGACGGUGCAUUACAGCGAAAAUAAUAGUUCUAGUCAAUUAGAAUGAAAUCGUUAAUCCAUAACCAAUGACACAACUCUAACACAGGCGCAUUUGCAAAGUCAGAUUAUUUGCAAGUGAUUAUCAAACUGACCACCUGCUGGGAAAUUAUUUGCGGCUAGAAACAAACAGUUGCUCAACAACUAAAAUCACAAACUCCCUUUUCCGAACGUUCGACUUUUUCUUCUCGCUCUAAAAUUUAUCAAAUGGCCGCAGUGUACAUCCCAGUUUUUAUUUUCGGUGUUGCAUUGGGUAGGCUGAUCCCGAGGUAGGUUCUGACGUUGCUAUUUAACUGAACUUAACUUUAACUAAAAUGAAGACAACUUGAGUAGUAGACUAACUGUUCUUCUUUGCCUUUUUGCUUUGUAUGUCCAAAUUUGACUGAGAAAUUAUCAGGAACUCAGUGUUCAUGUUGGCCUUAGAAACCAAAUGAAUCUAUCAAAGAGUAAAAUGAGGACUACUUGAACUAAAGGCUAAUAACGUAGGCCGUGAGAAAAAACCUGAAUCCACUUCAAUAGUGCUCAGAUGUUCGUCACUGUCAUUGUUUUUGACAAAAAACGUUAUUGAUUAAGCUUGAAUUUUAAUCUAGAUCGCCUUCGCAACAGGAAUAGAUUACCAAGCUAAUAGUGAAACAAAUUUAGGGAAUUGUGGUGGAGGAGGUUAUUUUUCCUGGCGCGAUUAUCCUCCACUUCCACCAAUAGGACGUUGAACACUGAGAAUAGUGUUGACAGAAAAUGAAUUUAUUAGAAUAUACCAAUUCCAGGCCAAUCAAAUAAGCUUAAGUAGCCUGUCCAAUAUUUUGCCUUAUUCCAUUUCUAAACUCCAAAUUUCCACAGGCAAUGACUAAACACGAGGGCGACCUGGAAGAGGGAGAGAAAUUUGGCAAACGACAAAUAAGCUGAAUAAUUAACAAGGGAACUUUUUUCGUCUCGUUCGCCUUUUGAAAGGGAUUUUUCAUGUCGACAUCAAAGAUUUAUCGUUUGUUUGAUUUUUUUUCUUUUAAUGAGAUUGUCAUGUCAUGUUUUACCACUUUCGCCUAAAGAUGCGAUUGUAAUUUCAGUCAGAUUGAUCUGCAGCUAGAUACAUUGCUCACUCAUAGGUGAGAAUCAUUAUUAUCAUCAUCAUCAUCAUCACCAUUAUCAUCACCAUCAUCAUAACGAACACAUUUCUUUCUAAUUAUAUUUUCAUUUUGUUAGAGAGUAGCAGGGUUGUGCUAAUGUAACUUACAGUUAAAGCAGAAUAUUUUGUUGUCCUUUGUACCCAUGAACAAGAUGUGCCUAUAAAUAAGCGGUUGGCAUGGGUUUAUAUUGAAAUAACACGACGAAACUCCGCAAAAUAUGUAAACGAACAAUCUUUAAUUUAAAGAUCUUUUGAAACUGUUCUGCAGGAAAUUUAGCUUUUCCAGAAAUUUGGAGCGGCGAGUAUGAAAAUUGUAACUUAGGACCUGCUCCGACAGUAUGAAGUGAUGAAAAGUCUCAGAAGGGCAAGACGAUUUAUUUAAAAGAGAGACUUACAAUUUUCUGUAACUGAGUAUCAGUACUGGCUUGCUGCAUUACAAUUGAAAUCACUCUAUUGCCUUGUCUCCAAGUUUACUUCAUGACUACAAUCAGUUAAUAUGGGAAAUUUUUGUAGCCGUUUGUCUUGUCUUAAUAGGUCGUUAGGAAAGGAAGGCCUGUGCAACACAACUUUGUUUGAAACAACCCGAGAUCUGGUUUAUUGCGUCCAAACGGGCAUUCACUAUGACAAGACGCGCCGGCCAAAUUCGCCUUCCCUUAAGGGUAAGCAGAUAGAUUAAUUACUACUGAAUCAUUCCCCAAAUACAUUAUUUACCAUUGUGGAACAAUUGAUAUCAGCGGCCUUCUGCCCCCAGUCGUUCAAAAGCUGUAUAGCGCUAUCCAGCGGAUAAAUCACUAUAACCUACGUGUUGAAUUUAACCCACCUAACGAGGACGAUUAACUCACUAAUCGGGGGAAAAAUUUUGUCAAACAAACAAAAUGGCGGACUUGCUGUCUUCACAAGUACGAAAAAGAAAGUUCCAACAACGAGAAAUUGACCUCGACCAACUAACAGACGAAGAACUUCAAAGCAUAUAUAGUUUUGACCGAGAGUCAAUAAAGCAUGUGCUAGAAAUCCUAAAAGACGACCUCCAAAGGCAGACGAGAGGAAACAAUGCGCAGUCGCCAAUUUUGGCGCCAAUAUUUCACGCCAUUUUUACUUGGAAGCAGGUGGUGGAAAUCUCGUUGAACCGGCUUUUUUUAGCACUAAUCUGGGAUUAGUUUAUUGCGGGAUAAUUUCGCUUUCAGGAAAAACUUUUUGACCCAUGAUUAGUUAUCCAGGGAAUAAGAAAUUUAAUCGUGGAUUAACUGCUAAUCGGAGGAUCAGGAAUCGGGGCCAGGUCUACAAGAUAAUCAUAUGCCGCGCGUACUACACCUUUGGGACCGGCACUAAGUGUCUGUCUUAGAGAGGUGUCCGUCUUAUAGAGAGUGAAAUAAAGCGAGUAAAGAAAGGCAGGGACCAACUCUAGGUGUCCGUUUUACAGAGGUGUCCGUUAAGAGAGAGUCGACUGUAGUUGAUAAUAUGGUACUGCUAAAAGAGGACGCUUUCUUUGGUUAUUCGAUCUAAUUCGUGCAAGUUCAUCAGCGAUCGAAACAAAAAUCCAACGGUUUUACUUGCCAUAUGUUGAUACGAGUUCUAAAAAAUAGAUAGCAAAUUAAGGCACUUAUUUUCUUUUUCCCUCGAUGUAUAAACGUAGCUUUAAUUUGAAGCAACACAAAUUCUGGUAAGUAAACCUAAUCAGCAGUAAACUUUGGUAGCUCUUGUGUUUCUCCUAAUGAAACAUAGGGGUUUUCAUUUUCUCUUCUUUAUCUUCUUUCUGACCAAUAAUAAUACUAAAAAAGUUUGACAUUUUUUUCACUCAGAUGGUCCAGUCAUCGUCAACGUCUCCAUUGAUAUAGCAUCACUUAAUGUUGAUGCUGAUGACAUGGUAAGCACUAUUUUUUCAUAUCCGCCCAGGCUGUUUGUGGUGGCCCAGCCAAUAGUUGGAAUUUAGCUGUUGUAGGCAUGUAGCUUUAGAGGUGGCCGUUAAUAAAGGUUAUACUGGAUUCCGAAAACCGCGCGUAGGGCAAACACAAAUUAAUUUAAACCAGUAUCUGCCGAAGUAUUUGGUCAGUUUAAAUUCAUUUGGUUUCUUUUUUCUUAAAUUAGUGGCCAAAAAAAGCCUGGAUUACAUACCAUUCAUAAUGAAUUUGAUAAAAUAAUGCUAAAUUAAGUGCAAUAUGAUUAUCAUAAUUCGAUAAGUAAAAAUAAAUAUAAUACUUUUUUAUAGAAAAAUGCAAAUUUUAAGAAACAUCCAACAGUUUUGAAGUCAUCAAAUUUUCAGUGAGUGGGGUUAUGGACGCAAGGAAUAAAAACAAAUAUAAUUUUUACACUUGACAGUGGAAAUGAUGGAAAGUUCGAAAAUUUCCUAGCUUGAAACAAAUAAUAAUAAUAAUAAUAAUAAUAAUAAAAAUAGUAACAACAUAUUUAACCAAAGUAAACCAGUCAGCUGACGCUGUUAUAAAUGGGUAACUGAAAAUAAAAACUAAAGGAAAAAUAACUAUAACAGAUCAAAUUUUAGAAAAUUUAAAAACUGUGUACAAUGUCGGUGAAUAAAAGCUAAGAAUUAUACAACUUCUUAAAUUUAAACUCUAAAAAACUUUAGAAGAUUUACCAGAAAAAAAUAAUAUCAUUAAGCUGUGUUUUAAAAAUCACCAGAGUCAACUUCCUUUAGAAGCGGUUGCAAAAAUCGUUCCUUAAGUAAUUUUAAACAAAAUCACUGCAGAAACAACAAAACGGCUCUAACUGAAAAUCCAUUUCCGACUUCCAUUUUUUCUUGAUACAAGAACUGGAAAAGUUCAUUAUUCCGUUUGCGGUACGUAUAUAUUCAUCAUUUUAUCGUUCCCGGGUAUUCUAUGAACAAAUUUAAUGACCUCCCAGUUCACUUGCUAGCUUAAUUGGUUCGAGCGCUGCACCGGUAUCGCAGAUGUCAGUGUUCAAAUCCCGGCAAGAAUGAUUUUUUUUUUCAGUUUUUCUUUUCGCAGCUGCAUAAGUUGCGUUUUUUAAUGCGAUUUGCUUUGCCUUUAUUACAUGUGACUGUACGUACUGCGGUUAGGCUUUCUCCCUGGAGCUCUUCUUCAAGCAAAGCUGGCACGAUCCCAACCUGGCCUACGCUGAAGACCAAACAAGAGAAAAGAAGUUCAUAGUUUUCAAGGCUGAUCUUCUCAAGGACCUAUGGACUCCUGAUACGUACAUUUAUGGCAUCAAGUCCAUGCAAACCGUACAGACAGAAAACGCACUGCCUACCAGUGAGGGAUUACGUAUUUCACCUGAUGGUAGAAUUCUAUUUGUAACAAGGUUUGUGCAUCUACCUCUAGUAGUAGUGGUUUGCUUUAUUUGCUUGGCCUUAGCAUUUUACAACAUUGGAAAAGCUUCUUUAUAGUAACUAAUUACCAAACAAAGCUAACAGACAAAAAAAACAAUGUGAUUUGAUUUACUGUCUUUCAAAACCGCAGUAUUAAUACAGUGGUGAAUUAUUAACAAUUAUUAAUAAGUAGUUGUUGUUGUUGUUGUUUUUUUCAGACUAAGUAUGAUAUUAAGGUGUUCCAUGAAUUUCCGGAAUUUUCCGAUAGACAAGCAGACGUGCUAUUUGAACCUUACCAGUUGUGAGUAUCCUGUUUGAAUUUCUUUGAAAUAAAUAGCCUAUUUAGAAAAGGAAAUCCACGAAUAAACAACAAACGAAGAAAAGAACGAAUCAGUCAAUCAAUCAAUCAAUCAAUCAAUUGAAUGUUGAUAUCGAUUAGCAAAUAGCUAGCUCUGUGAAUUGUGGUUCUUUUUCAGUCUAGGCCAAUUAAAUCAUUCCUGGCUAAAUAAAACCAGUUUUUAAAUAGUCGUGAAUUCUUGGUUUUUCAGUGGAUCAAUUGGAUCCUGGCUCUGGAAAUAGGCACAAAAAAUAACAUUUUAUACACUCCGGCAUCAUCCCCAACCUCUUCGCCAUGGUUUUUCCCUUAGAAAAUGGGAGGCCAGACGUGGGAUCGCUCCUCCAGUUUUCCAAAAACAAAGGCCUGGGGACAAGGUUGCAGUGGCGGAUCCAGGGGAGGGGCCCGCCACCCCCCCCCCCCCCCAUAUUUUUAGACCAAAAUGAGGCCCGAAGGGCCGAAAAAUGUUUUUGUGAGGACGCCACCCCCCCUCUAUGUCAGGGCCUGGAUGGUCGCCCCCCCCCCACACCCCUCAUCUGAAGGUCUGGAUCCACCACUGGGUUGUUUUUGUGAGGACGCCCCCCUCUAUGCCAGGGCCGGGAUGGUCCCCCCCGCCCCCACUCCCUCAUCUGAAGGUCUGGAUCCACCACUGGGUUGUUUUUGUGAGGACGCCCCCCCCCCUCUAUGCCAGGGCCGGGAUGGUCCCCCCCCCGGCCCCCACUCCCUCAUCUGAAGGUCUGGAUCCACCACUGGGUUGUUUUUGUGAGAACGCCCCCCUCUAUGUCAGGGCCUGGAUGGUCGCCCCCGGUCCCCACUCCCUUAUCUGAAGGUCUGGAUCCACCACUGGGUUGUCACCAUUCCUUGUCUUUGGUUCAAAGUAAUUCAGUAGGGACUUAUGCUAUGGGCUAGUCUUCUUCAUAUGGAAAGAUAGCAUUGAUCAUACAGCUUUAUUGUCCGUUUUAUUCUAAACAAAAUUGUUCUUGCCAUAUUAGACAGGAGCAGUACAUGUAACGAUAGUUUCUCAGUGUAUGUGAUAUGUCGAAUUGACCAAUUUCGAUAUAUUAAAACUCAUACUUGGUUACGAGGCUUAGGGGAAUAAAACAAAAGAAAUGUAUCAUUAAUUGCUGAACGUCAAGAUAAAUAUUUUAAUUCCCCUAGUCCUCAGAGCCAAGUAUGAACAACCUUUAGUCAAAAAUAAAUUCGCAAAAAAAUUGUUGUUUACAAAAAUCGUUGUUAGCCGUUGAUUUACACAAUUUCACACACACACGCACACAAAAUUACAAAAACUUUACCUUGUCGCAAUUAAAACGCCUUGGGGUGAACAAAACCUCUUAGUGCAAAUCUAUUCCUGAAGAUUACCGUAAUGAUUCGAUUUAGCGCCGGGGGAGCUAAAUUUACUUAUGGUACCUCAAGGGAGGGCGCUUAUUAGGGACGGGGUGCUUAUUUCGUAUUUCGUUUUUCAUCAAUAAAUAAGCUUAGGGUGCAGCUCAUGCAGGUGAUUUGCUCACGGCUUGAUGUACUACUUAAUCUCAAUGUACGUGUACUCUAACAAUGCUAUCACUGUAAAAAAAAAAAAAAAAGAGGGGCGCUUAUUAGAGCAGGGGUUCUUAUUGGCAUGGAGUACUGGGCGCUUAUUGGAAUGAGGAUGCUUACGCGAUAGAGGUCCUAAUUAACAAAAUUAUACUUGAAGUGUGACAUUAAGUAGGAGAGGGAGCGAUUUUUGGAACGAAGACGCUAAAUAGAACCAUUAAGAUUUAAUCUGCGCACAUACAGACACCGAGAGCAAGGCUCAGAUCCAAGAGACCGAGGUGUCGAUUUACAGAGGCGGGGUUUGGUAUCUUGGGGCAGAGAGAACUUUCAGUUCUGGAAGGUGUCAAUAUUAUAAGGGCGUCAGUCGAACCUCUAAAUACAAAUUUGACCCAUAACUCUAAGAUAGAAAAUAAUCAACAGAUCUCAUUAUUUUAUAAACAGUUUUUCACACAGCUGAUGAUCUCUCGUACGAAUGGAAGGAUGUUACCAUACAGGACAAAAAUAUCGCCCACUUUGAACUUAUUUCCUUUCACAACAGGAAAGCUAUAGAGGAGUUCGCCACAGGUAGUAUUGCCCACAUUUUGCGUACUUCAAAUAAAACGUCGGCUUAUCACGAAGUCAUCCCAGGUUAUUCCUGGUUGGUGGGGGUAUGCCGCAUGUUUCCAGAAACCCUUACCCUGUUUCCGACCAAAUUAUGUGGUUUCCCUACCCUAGUGUGUGUUUGAAAAAAUGCUACGAAAGCAAAUCAAAUCCUCAAUCCCACCAACAGUUAAAAUAAAUUUAAUGAAAUACUACUAGAUUAAGUGUAAAAGUAAAGUUAAAUAAAUAAAGAUAAAAAGAAAUCCUUUCUUAGGAAAAAAGCAAAUUUUGAAAAACACGGCUGUCAAAACUCGGUUACCAUGGUCAAUGUUGACGUACAAGUCACGAUGACUUUAAAAUAUUUCCAGAUAUUUUUUUGGUGGACAUAGCUUGAACGGUUUUGAAGUUAUUAAGGGGGCCUCAAACAACCCCCUCCCUCUUCCCCUUGUCUGAAUAAGGUUAAUCGAUUUAAAAGGUCUAACCACAUAAUGAUCGUAUCACUUAUGCAUUUUAUUAACGUUUUUCAUAGGCAGGUACGAAAGACUUACAAUGACAUUUGAAUUCAAAAGACGUAUAAACUUCUACCUAUUGAGCUGGUACCUUCCCGCAACACUAAUCGUUGUUCUUUCGUGGGUGGGUUUCUGGAUCGAUAUCGAAUCGACACCUGCCCGGAUUUCACUUGGAACGAUAACCAUAUUAGCAAUAGGCGGCUUCCUAAUCGGAGAGCAGGAAGGAUUUCCGAGCGUCUCUUACGUAAGGGCAAUUGAUAUCUACCUCAUCGCGUGCUUUGUGUUUGUGUUUGGUUGCAUGGUAGAAUAUGCGAUCGUUCACUGUGCAAAGAGAUUAGAAGAAGAGAGUGAACAACAAAAGAAAAAGGGCAAUAAGGUAAUAGUAAGUUUGUGGAUAGUUAUUGGUCAAAACGACUUAUUUAACUUAGAUUUUUGAAUACAAAAAAACGUAAAAAUGGUCAUGUUAUGGCAGCGGGAAUUGGACGAGUGACCCCUCGCUUCGUCCGCUCGAGGAUAUGAGUUUUCACAACAUCGCAUGAGCGCAACUUUCAUGUCUCAGCAGACUGAUUUCACAGUUGAUCGGUUGUUCUAAGAAUAAAAUAAUUUAAUAUUGAGAAUAUAUUUUUGCCUUGUCCUAUUAAACAAUCAAUAAAAUUAAUAAAACAGGGUCAGAAAGACAAACUGCCCCAGGGGAUACUCCGGUACACAAAAGAAGGAAGGUGUUCUCCUCUUUUGGAUCAGGGCUAAAAUUCAUUUUCACCCCACCAGUCCUUUCGAGGAAGGUAGAUGAGAAAAAAGCGAACUAAGGGACCGGUCAUUAUUUAUCGCCUGGGGCGGAUGGGGGUGGGGGGGCCGGGCGGUUUGGGAUUUGGGGCUAAACAAGAUGAGAUUUAGUCGAUCCCCUAAGCAGUACCAAUCCACAAAAUUUUGCCUCCUAAAAGGUUUCACCAGAAUACGAUAAGGAGGCGACAAGGUUUACAAGCAACCGGUUAAUUUCAUAUAGGAAUAUCCACCGGUAAUCUGCACAUUCUUUCAGUGGGUUAACUACCUGAACGAACUUACUUUUGAUUUGUGUCAUAUUCUUAGGUAGAGGACACCAUUCCUUGUGAAUCCGAUCGAAAUAAUGGCAAAACGGAGGAAAAUGGUUUGGGUGGAAUACUGAACGUAGGUUUCGUGGAAGUAAUAUCUCCGGUGUCAACACAGAACGUCUUACCGUGCAACAACAACCGGUCUUCACGGCCUACUAUCACAGAAGAUGCAUCAGCAUCAAAGACAAGCUUAAGUCUGUUUAGUUAUUGCAAGAACCGAUUCCAGAGAAAGGUUAUCUUUAAGUGGCUGCUGAAACUUGAUGAGAUCUGUCGACUGAUUUUUCCAUUGGCUUUCUUGGUGUUGGCUAUUUCAUACUAUAUCACAUUUGGGGAUUUUUAA